GCUGUUGUGUAGAAGGAAAAAAAUCGGUCCACGUCUUUACAUUGAAGAGGCACGUUUCGUUUAGUUCACGUAACAACAGAGCUCUACAUCUGUUGUCGUAAUUACUAUAUAUUAUUGAGGUGGCAGAAGACCAUAUAUAAGUUUAAUUUAUUUUUGACAUCCUAUUACCACAGACUACUAUAUUUGAGAGAUCUGAACAGGAAUUAUGAGACUCCGGUGUGAGGGAGGGCGCGAGCAUGUGCUGUAGUUUAAGCUACAAGGAUCUUCACAAAUAUUAAAACAUUAAACACCGUCGUAAGGAGCUCGAGUAUUAUCACUAUAGACGAGAUGUCAGGCGUAGAUUUGGCAGCACUGCGUAAGUUUGUAAAGGAACUAGCCCUCCUUCACCACCAACUCCGCAAUGCCACAGUGGUCAGCCAAGACACUGUCCAGCUACUGACCAUUGGACGGGACGACUUCUUCGAUAUCUUUAUGGGCCAAAGUGCUAACCCCGGGGAACUGCCUGAACACCUGAAAUUCCUUAGUCAACUUGAAUUCGCAAAGGACUUUCCAAUGGAGAAAAUACUGGAGAACCCUGAAGUUUGUCUGCUUCAUUUCUUCAAACGUGGUGAAGUCAUAGUCCAGGACAGUUCCCAGUCCGACUGGAUAUAUAUCAUAAAAUCGGGCACAUGUCAAGUGAUGAAAGAACUCAACGGUGCCCAAGGACUCAAACUCCACAAACGCAGUAAAACUAUGGACGAUCUCACAAUGCGAUUACCAAAAUUAGGAACCGCCGAGCAAGCCCCAAAGAUUUACACGGGGAAGAAGAGGCACAGGUCAUACACAAUGCCGACUGCACUUAGGCGUGCAAUGACGGAGUACGAGGACUCCUUGAGAUUGACGGGAGGUCGUCUGCCGGUGUUGGAGGAGAAGGCGUUAGUGAGUGUUGACCCCAGCUCGAGGGACGGAGUGGAGCGACCCGUACCCGGAAGGACGCCGGGUUACUCUAGAAGCAAGCUCAGCCGUUUUCCUGAAAUGAAAAAGACCGCGCAUUUUGUAAGUUGA